GCAACGAUUUUCCGCACCUCAAUCGGCGAGCGUACGUUCAGUCGGUGUGACGCGUUCGUGAACGGUGCGCGGCCACCACGCGCCUCUCAUCCGCUUGGCGUGGCUCGACGCGUGUUUAUCUCGACCACACAGGUUUACACAUGAUAUGACCCAGUCCCGGGAGGUUUUGGCGAUGAUGGACGCGCACACAACAACGUUCGGACGUAAAAGAGGGUGCACAGUCUCCCCUUGCGGCGCUUUCCUUUUGGGCGCUGCCUUCCUCAUAUCCCUGGUUGUCACUGGACUAUUGGUUUACCAUCUCGCCCCAUGCCUCGAGGAGAAGCUCGACAAAUCGUGCAACGGUGUCUCCAACUCGGUGACCAGCCGUGCUUUUCCCACCGACACGUUUGGAAAGAAAAAAUUGGACGUCAGAUUGCCGCGAUCCAUAGCCCCGGUCUCUUACGAGCUUAAGCUCAUACCGUUCAUACAAGUUGGCAACUUUACGUUCAAUGGCGAGGUGAAAAUCUUGGUAAACGUGACGGAGGACACGGACAAGGUGACGUUGCACGCGGUUGACAUGAGCAUCGACGAAAGUUUCACGAAUAUAAAAUCUUACUCGGCCGUGAAAUCUGGGGAGAAGGUGGUGAAAAUCGUGGAGCAGAGGAACGACACCGAGCGCCAGUUUUACGUGAUUAGAACGUCGGACACGUUGAAGAAGGGCGCGCAAUACAUUGUGAAUCUAAAGUUUGUCGGCCAUCUGAACGACUACUUGCAAGGCUUCUACAGGAGCUCGUACACGGUUGGAAGUGAAACGAGAUGGAUUGCAACGACUCAAUUCCAGCCAACGGAUGCGCGACGCGCGUUUCCGUGCUUCGACGAGCCGGCGCUGAAAGCCACCUUCAAGAUCAGCAUUGCGAGGCCCAAGAACAUGACUUCCAUCUCGAACAUGCCUCAAAUGGGAGAACCCAUGCCAGUGCCCGGUUUACCGACAUACGUGUGGGACCAUUAUGAACGCUCUGUGCCAAUGUCCACUUACCUGGUCGCCUUCAUUGUUUCGGACUUCGAGAUGUUGAAAUCGGAAUCCGGGAAGUUUAGAGUCUGGGCACGAAGCGAGGCCGUCCAACAGGCGCGAUACACUUUAGACAUUGGCCCGAAAAUACUUCGAUAUUACGAGGACUAUUUCAAAAUUAAAUUUCCUUUGCCCAAGAUGGACAGCGUUGCUCUCCCCGACUUCUCGGCUGGAGCUAUGGAGAAUUGGGGCUUAAUCACUUGCAGAGAGACCGCUAUGCUUUAUCAAGAAGGUGUCUCGACUAGCAGCAAUCAGCAACGAGUGGCCACAGUCAUAGCACACGAACUUGCUCAUCAAUGGUUUGGUAAUUUGGUAACUCCAAGUUGGUGGUCGGAUCUAUGGUUGAACGAAGGCUUUGCCAGUUACAUGGAAUACAUCGGUAUGAACGCGGUGGAGCCAACGUGGAAAGUUUUGGAGCAAUUUGUCGUGCAUGAUCUGCAAAACGUGUUUGGUCUGGACGCAUUAGAAUCCUCGCAUCAGAUAUCGGUAAAAGUCGAACACCCUGACGAAAUUAGCGAAAUUUUCGACAGAAUUUCCUACGAGAAAGGUGCUUCCAUAAUAAGAAUGAUGGACCAUUUCCUCACUACCGACGUGUUCAAGCAAGGUUUAACUAAUUAUUUAAAUGCAAAAGCUUAUCAGAGCGCCGAGCAAAACGAUCUUUGGGACGCUCUUACGAAACAAGCGCACAAGGAUAAAGUCCUCGAUUCCGCGGUAACGAUAAAGGAAAUUAUGGAUACCUGGACCCUCCAAACUGGUUUUCCAGUGGUAACGGUUAUUCGAGAUUAUAAUAACGGUGCAGCGACGUUGACACAGGAACGUUUCAUGCUUCGUAACGGUACUAUGGUGACCACGUCCAACGUCGAGCCACUUUGGUGGAUACCUAUCACGUACACGACCGAAACUCAAUUAGACUUCAAUACGACCCAGCCUUCUCAGUGGAUGAAAGCGGAAAAAUCGAUCACGUUGACCAAUUUGAAUUGGAAUUCCUCGGAGUGGGUUAUCUUCAAUAUUCAAGAAACUGGAUACUACAGAGUGAACUACGACAAAACGAAUUGGCAACUGAUAAUCAAGCAAUUGAACAAGAACUCGUUCGGCAAUAUUUCAACGAUCAAUCGCGCCCAACUAAUAGACGAUGCGCUCAAUUUGGCAAGAGCUGGAAGGUUAGACUACGCCACUGCGUUGAGCGUCACAUCGUAUUUAGCUCACGAGACUGAGUACUUACCAUGGAAGGCUGCUUUCACUGCCAUGCACUAUUUGGACAGCAUGUUGAUCAAGAUGCCGAGCUACGAUCGAUUUCGAGUAUACGUUUUGAAACUGCUCGACAACGUGUACAAGCAGGUCGGUUUCACGGAUAACGUGGGUGAUCCCCAAUUGACAGUUUUCACCCGCAUCGAUGUUCUAACAUGGGCAUGCAACUUUGGCCACGAGGAUUGCGUGCAAAACGCAGUGAAACAGUUUUACAAUUGGCGCUACACACCCAGUCCAAAUGUGAAUAAUCCAAUAUCGCCAAAUUUGAAGAUGGUCGUUUAUUGUACGGCGAUUCGAUUCGGCGGACAAGUCGAGUGGGAUUUCGCCUGGCAAAGAUACUUGGAAACGAAUGUCGGUUCCGAGAAGGAUUUGCUUCACCACGCGCUCGGCUGUACAAGAGAAACGUGGCUGUUGAGUCGUUACUUGGACUGGACGAUCACGAACAAUUCAGGGAUUAGAAAACAAGAUGUCAGCCGUGUUCUUAAUUCCAUUGCCAGCAAUCCUGUUGGCCAACCUCUCGCUUUCAACUUCCUCAGGAAUAAAUGGGCGAGACUCCGAGAAUACUUCGGAACAUCGUUAUUAACCAUAAAUAACAUAGUGAAAUCAGCCACGAGAGGUAUCAAUACCAAAUACGAUCUCAAAGAUCUGGUAGAAUUCACCAACGAGCACAUAGGGGAGUUCGGAAGUGCGACAAGAUCGGUGCAACAAUCGAUAGAGCAAUCGGAAGCCAACAUACGAUGGGUGGAAGCCAAUCACGCUACAAUUCAAGAUUGGUUGAAGAGAUAUACCGCGUAGCGAUAAAAACGAGGCGGAUUUAAUAUCAUUUGAAUUAACAUUCGACGUUCACGGAGGUAAUUAAAAUUGCCUCGAAUCGAAAACUCCAAUCUGAUAAAUCGAUCGUAAUGUCCUCGAGCAUUGUUCCAUUGUUUAACAAACUCGUAUGCUCGUAUAAUCCGCGAAAAAUCUCGCGCUCUUUUUUCUUUCUUUCUUUCUUUUUUUUCUUUUCUUUUUUUUUUUUUUUUUUUUGCUAUGGUUAAAACGUAGAUCGUGAAAAAAAGAGAGAGGAAAAAAAAAAAGGAAAAAAAGUACGAAACAAAUUAUUAAGUGUUACGAGGCAAUUAAAUGUUUUCUUUUCUCCCUCUCUCUUUUGCAUGUUUUUUGUAAAUACGCGUCGAGCAUUUAAUGUAAUAAUAAUAACGGAACGUUUAAAGAUAUUUAUAGAUGAAAUAGGUCGAAUUACGCAAAUGUACAAGUAUUUCGUGUACAACUCGUGCACAUUAAAUUCACAUACAUACUUCUCUGAAUUGUUCGGAUGGAGAAUUAGUGUAAACGACCAUUAAAAUUUUAAAAACUCGUGGAUAAACUUUAAAUAGAUUGCGAUUAAGAUAUAUAAUUAUUGUAUAAUGUUAUAAUAUCGUAUUAAUAUUAUCGUAUUAUAACAUUAUAUUGUAUUAUACAUACGAAUAUUUAGAAAUUUCUAACGUAAAUUUUUCUGGAUAUUUUUUCGGAUCAAAUUCCAAACUGACAACAAUUUUUCCCACAAUUUUUUCAUCGAAUCUUCAAUCUUCAUUUAAUCCUUUUUAUAUAUAAAUCUUCGAUCUCUAACGAUGAUCUGACUCUGAAGUUUGAAAGAUCUUAGUUAUGUAAUUCAUAAAUUUCUUUUUUUUUUUUUACGAAGAAAAUCUAACGAAAAAAUGUAAUUAGUUUUCCGUGUCCGUGUUUUUCUUGUUGUUAUUUAUUCAAAGUUCGAGUCGUUAUUUAUGGGAGGUUUCUAUUUCUCUUCAGCGAUGCGAGGUAUUUUUUUUUUUACGUGUUUUGAGCCCGUGUCUCUCGAAUAUUUUCUAAUUUUUGAAAUCCGCGGACAACGUUCGUUGGAAAUAAUUAAUGACGAAAAGUUUUUGAGUUUUUGAGGAAUGAAAUAAGGAAAAAAAAAGAAAAAAAAAAUAAAUAAGAAAAAAAGAAAAUAAAAGAAAGACAUGCACAAAUUAUUUAUUACAAAUUUUCUAUUUCGAUAUUUAUUUCUUCUGUCACGCACAAUACCGUGUUCUAAAUAUUUAAGAGAUUCGAGAUCUUCCAGUUUCUAUGAAAUUCCACCGUAUAUUGUUUUUCCAUCGAUUUCUUGGAAAAUCGAACGCGAAAUCGUCGCAAUUCCAUUUGUUCGAAGAACAAAAAAGAAAAAAAAAACAUCGCUGUGAGAGUAUUACGCAUUAAAAAAAAAAAUUGCGACUAUAAAAAUUGUAUAAUAACAUUGUAUCUCGGGUUCAAUAAAGUUGUAUCGAUUUUUA